CAUCGUGACGACGCACAAGAGGCUCAGCCGUUGUUUGUUGUCUCACAUUGAAGUUACAACUUCCAAUUUGUUGUAGAAUACAUAAAACAUGUAUUUCUACGACUAGCUAGGGUAAUUGUUGGUAAUGGCUCCAUUGCCUCGUAAUGUUCUUCGGACCCGCUUCAACCCGCGAUCGAUCGAUUCGAUAUCCUUUCGAUAUCCCUUCGGGCGCCGAGACAACCCGUCGAAACCAAACGUAUUCAACACCCCUUCUAACCUUGCGAAUAUCUUCUCUCUUACAUAUUCGAUUAGGUAGUUAUGAUUUUAUGAGUUACGCUUUUCCAGCAGCGUUUCGUAAUGUCGAUACGAAUAGCAUUCGACAACCCGCCCGAGUUCUAUACGAAUCUCGACUUCAUUAGCGGUCGAGUGAUCUUGCUCUUACACCGGCACGAAACCAUUGGCAACGUCAUCGUCAAACUCGAGGGGGAGUCGCAUACAGCCUUAACCCUACCACCGCCGGCCGAUCGCGACGACUACUAUCGACACCGUCCCCCAGGAACCGGAAUUGGCAAUGUUGUUACCGAGAAUCACAAAAUUCUGUAUCGCGUGUUCCAGGCCUACUCUGAUGACGGCACUGGGAUACCGUUGCAACCCGGCCAGCAUGAGUUUAAGUUCAACUUCAAGGUACCGCUCAACAACAUCUGCCAUGAUGGAAAGGCGAUGGGCAGCCUGUUGGGCCUGGGCGGUCUAGGGAGUGGGUUUCGUACUAUGGACGGCACAAAGCAGCUCAUGCUCCAGCACAUCAAAGCUACUUUACCGCCCUCGCUCACAGGCUUCCCACAGGAGGCUGAGAUACGUUACUAUAUAAAAGUUACUAUACAACGGCCUGGGUUUUUCAAAGAGAAUUGGCGACACCAGGUCGGCUUCAAGUUCUUACCCGUCGAACCUCCCCGACCACCGAAAACCAGCCAGGAGGCUUUCGCCCGAAGGCCCUUUACUUUUAAACCGCGCUCCUUAACCCACCAGAGGAAAUCCUUCUUCGCUAGUAGAUCGUCAACAACAAGCCCGCUGGAAGAUCCCUCCCAGAUGCCGCCUUCGAUUGAGAUGUCAGCGCGCAUACCAUUUCCCAGCAUCAUAACGUGUAACGAACCUCUACCCUUACGACUAAUCGCGCGGAAGCUGGCGCCGACAACGUCGCGGGACCAACAGGUGUACUUAACAGCACUCGAAGUAAUUCUGGUUGGCUACACGCAUGUACGGGUGCAAAAUCUAUUGAACACCGAACGAACGACAUGGGUUAUCGUCUCCGCGCCGCAAAUGUCCCCUCCCAUCGCGCUCUUCGAAAACCCCGCGCACCCCGUCGACGCCGAAUUCGAGAUCCCCCCCACCCUCUGGAAAACCCGCCGCCUCCCCAACACCGUCGCGCCCUCCUUCCGCACAUGCAACCUCGCGCGCCGCUACGAGAUCGAGAUCACCCUUACGCUAAGCUGGGGCCUCCCCACCCCUUCCACGAACCCCUUCGUAACCCAAAAGCAGCUCCCGCAGUCCAUCACCCUGCCCCUGAAGCUCUCCAAGAUCGACGUGUUUUCGGGGAUUUCCCCCCCGCGCGAACUAUUAAAUUCCGUCAUCACCAACACUAUCACCACCACUACUACUACGGGCCCUGCGCGCCCUCCUCAACUACCCCAAAGACCAACACCUCAACAGCAGCAACAGCUGCGCCCGCCCGUCGACCCGCUGUACCCCCCGCAGCUGGGCACCGCGUCCGCGGCCAUGUACGACGACGCGCCGCCCAGCUACGACGAGGCGAUGGCGGACCAGCUCGCCGGGCCGUCGGCGCGGCCUGCGUAUAGCGGUGUUACAGCCGAGAAUUCGCCAAGUACGAUGCCGCCUGAGAAGUCGUGACCAUGGGUGGUGGUGGUGCUGCCGUUGUAUACCUAAUGCAUAUAAAAAUAUAUACAUACCUACCUAAGCUAAGGUAAAUAUUUCAUAUUAUGGAUAUGCGAGCAUCGCGCUGUGUACCUAUUAUAGAUGAGGGAUGAAAGAUGUAAGGGCAAAGCUGGAAUUCUGGGAGGUGCAUUACACGGGAAAAUAGCGAGGCGCUGAGCGAGCAAUGUACGAUGAGUGAUACCCCCCUUCCCUCCCAUCGGAAGUUAUUGUUGGGUUGGCUUGCGUGAUGUACUACAUACGAAUGAUUACAUUUUGUUCACUGUUGCGUUUCAUGGUAUAUAUAUGUAUUGGCGCAUGGUAAAUAGAGUGGCAUGGGUAAAAGGGUAGAUGGGUACGGGUAUGGGAGGUUGAUAUCGGUUACUAUAAAUUUAAUUGAUAAUAUGACUCCCUUCAA